AUGAUGCCGGAUUUUGCAGGAAUUUGGAAAAUGAAAAGCAGUGAGAAUUUUGAUGAACUUCUGAAAGCUCUCGGUGUGAACGCAAUGCUCAGGAAGGUAGCAGUGGCUGCUGCUUCAAAGCCGCAUGUAGAGAUCCGUCAGAAUGGAGACCGGUUUUAUAUUAAGACAUCUACCACAGUCAGAACCACAGAGAUCCAAUUCACUGUUGGAGAAGAAUUUGAUGAGGAGACUGUGGAUGGCAGAAAAUGCAAGAGUUUCCCUGUUUGGGAAAAAGAAAAUAAGAUUUACUGUAAGCAGACUCUGGUAGACGGAACAGGACCCAAGACUUACUGGACUCGAGAACUUGUAGGAGAUGAACUGAUACUGGUCUUCGGAGCGGAUGACGUAGUCUGUACAAGGAUAUAUGUGAGAGCUUGA